AGUAGGUACCUAAUUGUUUAAAUAAUUGUUCUAUAUUUGAGUUAUAAACAAUAAUUACCAACCUCCAAGUAUUUCAUUCACAGCCAUAUAUUAAAAACAAGUUUAUUAUUUGAACUUUGCAGAUAUUUUCAUUGAAUUUAUUUUUAAAAUUUCGUUUAAAUUUAAUUUUUAUACUUUUACCCGUCCCCGUAUCAGUGUAGCCUUAUAUAGUAGCUAUAAGGUACUGCUGGAGAUAUGUUUAAAGUAUUCUUAUUCUUAUUUGUAUCAACUUUAAUUUAUAUUGAUAACUCUUAUGGAUCAAGUAGUGAAGCAUCUGGCGACGGACCUAAAAAAUGGCCGUAUAUCAAUCAAACAUUUGUAGAUGGUACAGUGCAAUCACCAGUUAACAUAUUAUCGCUUGAUUCUUAUACAGCCAGUUUACCAAGUUUGCUGUACUUUCGAUAUUGGCGAGAAGAAAGCGUUAAAAUUAAAAUAAAAAACAGCGGACACUCACUACAUGUUCGUAGUUUAACGACGGAUGAAGAUGUAAAUCAAACUAGUGCACACAUUACUGGUGGACCAUUAUUCGAAAAAAAAUAUACAUUUUCUCACGUUCAUAUAUAUUGGGGAAACGAAGGUGAAGAAGGAAGUGAACACCAAAUCAAUUCCCAGGGCUAUCCAAUAGAAGUUCAAAUGAUACAUUAUAAAAAUGAAUAUGAACAUUACGGAAAUGCUAUUAACUAUCCUGAUGGUAUUUGCAUUAUUUCAUAUUUUGGAAAAUUAUCAGAUCAAGAUAAUCCAAAAUUGAAUGCGCUUAUCACAGCUGUGGAAGCCGUUCAAUAUCCUAAAUUAUACACUUUUUAUUCAACAUUUGAUGUUCACUUUCAUUGGUUGAUGGAAGUAGCUAAAGAUUAUUGUUACUAUGCAUAUCCGGGAUCGAUAACUGUACAUCCAUUUUAUCAGUGUGUCACGUGGAUUAUAUAUGAAAAUACUUUCAAUAUUAGUCCAGGACAAUUGGCAGUUUUUCGUUCUUUAAAAGGAACCGAUGGUAAUUAUUUAACAAGUAUAAGGCGAAGAGCAUUACAUCCAUUCAAUAAUCGGCCACUUUGUUAUGUCUAAUCAUAAAAUUAUUUGUACGUAAUUUGUUUAAAAUGCAAUUAUGUAGUAGGUACCUUAAGUGCCAUUACAAAGGUAUAUUAGAGUCGAGAUGAAAUGAUUAAAUCAAUUCAAUAUAAUAUUUAAAUGUUAUACAGUAGGUAUAUAUUAGCGCACUUUUUUGUAUAAUAUUUGGUAUAUGUAAAUAAUAUGUAUAUUGUGUGUUGAUAAUUAUAAAACCAUAUGCGUGGAUAAGAAAUUGAUGUAUUGUUAUUCAUGAUAGUCUAAUACAUUAUAUUUUUAAUUUUAAACAAAAACAUAGCUUGUUAAUGAGUGUUUUUUUUUUUUUAAAUAACUUUUCUGUGAACUUUUUUUGCCUUUUCUUUGAAAGAAAGUGAUAUGACAUCUAUGAACCAUAUUAAAAGAUAAAUCAGGAUUCGAGUCCUGAUAUGGAUUUUAAGA